UCUGAUGAAAGUUACUUCUCAGGAGCUUCCCAGCUAAGCAUUCUUAUUUAGCUGAAAUGUGGUGAUUUACAUGAGUAGUCAUCGCGAUGCUUAAAAUGUUGAGCUAAUUAUAGUUCAAACUAUUUGCAAAGUUUUUCAAAAGAACGUGGAGAUUUGUCGUAAGCCGUUUAAAGGCGUGAAGAGAAGAUUGAACAUGGCGGAUCCUGUGAGCAGUUACGAUGCCAAACUGCUGAAAAACCUUGGUGGUGUUGGGCUUGUGAUGACUAUUAUUUUCACCUUAUCGGUUGUACUGCUCAUUGCGAUAAUUGUGAAGCGGCAAAUGCUGAGGAUGUUGCUACUUUCAAAAAGAGGACCACACUCCCCUGUUGGUAGUGAUGCACCCAGGGAUUUGGGAAGAGAGAUUACUGCUCAUUUGCAAAGAAUUUCCCAGUUAAGAAUGGAACCUAGGAUGUUAUCGGAACAAUUCAACAAACCCGCAGAUGGUACAUCCAACUUUGAUUCUCCUUCAGAUCAAUACACCAGAAGCUAUAAAUACAGAAUGAAAGCCAUGGAUAAGAUGACAGAACUAGAUGAUCUUUUAUGCACUAUUGACUUCAAGUACAGCCGCAAAAAGAAACAGUCCGUCAGAGAACACCUCAAGUCUUUACAGGGGCCGCCAAACAAUAUAAUACGUGGUGGAGAUGACACAAUCAGAGAAGUUGCAGAUAUGUAUGAACAUGCAAGAUUUGAAACCAAGGAAUUUGGUGCAUUGCAGUACAGAAAGUUUGCAUAUCUUGUUGAAGAGCUGAAAGACAGGGUACGUCUUUAUGUAAAUGUUCCUGGAAGUCUAAUAAUUGCUGGAAACAGUAAAAAGCCAAUCAGAAAGCCACCAUCAAGCACAAAGAUAGAGGAACCAAGUAUGGAAGUAAAAGCAAUACCAGAAACAGAAGCUGAUUCUGGGAACAUGACAAGAAGUGGUGCCAUGAGCAUGUGAACUUUAACAAACUUGGAGACCAUUUGACUUUUCAGGAAUUCUAUUUAAAGACUUAAAAAUUUCUUAUGCCUGUGUACAGGAAAGAAAAUUUUUGCUCUUUAGUAAGAGGAAGUAGUUAAGUUUAAUUUUCUGAAAAAAUGUGACAUCUUAAAAAUAAUGCAUUAUAUGACUGGAAGAAUGUUCUAGGGGAACCUGUUCAAAGAGCAAAAGGUGUUACUAUUGGAAAGGCCUCCAGCAGAGUGUUGAUUUUAGCUGUGGGCUUUCAUCUGGGAUCUUGAUUUGCAUAUUUUGCUUUAGAUAGAUUUUCUCAGGAACCAAUACAAAUAUCGAAAAAAAGCUUCAUUAGCUUAUUGUCUAAUGAGUGAUGCUGUACAGUUUGUUUUGCUGGUAAUUCAGCAAAGUAAAUAACUACCAAAACAAAAUCUGUAAAAAUAAAUUGUUAUUUACAUAAUAUAUACUUUAUAAGCUUACAGUGAUACAUAGUUUUCUAUGGUUUCUUUAGUCACCAUCAUCCUCACUGUCCAUUUUAAAGGGCCUUGCAUUAUAUUCUUCAGGGUCACUGUCAUCACUUGAGUGAUUCUCCAGAACUGUUUCUUGAUAUCUUGUACAUAUAGUUAAGUUUUUGAAAGAUAUUUAACAUGUACAAAUAAUGUCUAUCCUGUAUUUAAAUGAAACAAUCCAAGUUGAGCAAUUCAAGCUCAACAGUGGUCUGUCUGUGCAAGCAAGAUUAAUGCCUUCAAGACCUAUUUUAAAAGUAGGAAAACAGGAGGCAUAUCUGAAAGUACUUGGGCCCUCCAAAUGGUAGAGUCUAGGCACAGUCCUCAAACAGCUUCCACACUUAUUUUACAUCAAAAUGUCAUAAUGAUGCAUAUGAAAUGCAUAUGAAAAGCAUUUGAAGAGCAUGUAAUAAAUGAGAUCCCUUUCAAAUAGUGUUUCACAUGCUUUUCAACAACGUGUAAUUCUUUAAAUUAAAGUGUGAAAACUUAUAUUCACAAGGGCUUCAAGAGUCAAGAUUGACUGUGAUUUGUAAAGGAACACAAACAACCUGUUACUCAGUUUUUCCUAAGGAGCUUCUGAGUAACAAGAAUCUGCUUCUUGUACACAUCCCCUGGCAUCUCCUGAUAAUUAAUUUGUGUGUACAGUAAUUAAAUUAAACACAACAUUUUUCCUGUCAUGUUGAAAGAAGCAGCAAUAAAGGAUACUGAAGAGGAU